AUGGUAACGCCUCAAGAAACUGCCCAAGAAAAACUCACUGAACUUGUUCUCUCUGGAAGUGAACGUGUUGCUGAAGCGGAGAUCGCUAGUGAGAUUGCUGAGGAGGUGGACGAGAACUCGCAAGGUCGUAGUCGGGAGGAAAAGACACCUCAGUCGGUUGAACGGCAUAGACUCAUUUCAGUGGCGAAUCGAUUACCUUGCACGAUUCAUAAGGACAAGGACACGGGGAAAUGGGUUGCCAGUAAAAGCUCAGGAGGGCUUGUAUCAGCACUCAGUGGUGUUAGCGGUAUCGACAUGAACUGGAUCGGGUGGCCGGGCUGUGAGGUGCCCGAUGAAGACAAGGAGGAAGUCGCUGAACUGGUUCGAGAGCAAGGGUGCUACCCGGUAUUCCUCACUGAUAGCGAAAUCGAGUUGUACUAUAACGGCUUUUGUAACAAUACGUUGUGGCCUUUAUUCCACUACAUUACUCCGUCCACUGAACGUGUUAUAGCAGGAAGAACACUAGAAUGGGAAACGUAUCAACAAGCUAAUGCUAAGUUCGUCGAUGCUAUCAUGAAGGUUUUGCAUGAUGACGAUCUGGUGUGGGUCCACGACUACCACCUGAUGUUGGUGCCCAAGCUCCUACGUGAGAGAGUCCCCAACGCGAAUAUCGGUUGGUUUCUGCACACUCCUUUCCCCUCGGCUGAGAUAUAUCGGAUGUUACCGCAAAGAGAAGAAAUCCUACAAGGGUUGCUAUCAGCAAACCUGCUCGCUUUCCAUGUACACGACUAUGUGAGGCACUUCCUGUCCUGCUGUGUGCAGUUGACUACUCUAGAGAUCACACCGCAAGGAGUUGACGCAACACCUCUCAAUGGCAACUUUGUUAAGUGUGCUACAAUACCAAUUGGCAUCGACCCAACUCCGUUCACUUCAACAGCCGAGUCUGUCACUGUCGCAGCACGAGUGGCUAGUCUGAAGGAGCAAUGGGGUGAUCGAAAAGUCAUACUCGGUAUUGAUCGACUUGAUUACAUAAAGGGUAUUCCACACAAACUUCGAGCCUUUGAUAUGUUCUUAGAUGAGCACCCAGAGUGGGCAUCUCAGUGUGUGUUGGUGCAACUGGCAAUUCCUACUAGAAGUGAAGUGCCGGAGUAUCAGCGCCUGAAGCGGCAGGUUCACGAGAUGGUCGGAUCGAUUUGUGGCAAGCACAGCAAUCUUUAUACUGGUCCUCCGGUGAUCUAUCUCGAUGGAUGCGUUGAUCAUGAGGAGUUGACUGCCCUUUACAGAGUUGCUGAUGUUGCGCUGAUCUCUUCUAUUCGUGAUGGUAUGAAUCUCGUUGCCUACGAGUUCGUAGCCUCACAACAACACAAAAACGGCGUCCUAGUGAUCAGUGAGUUCGCUGGAGCUGCACAGUACCUAGGAGCUGGAAGUAUUCGAAUCAACCCAUGGAACCUUGAGGAGGUGUCCUGGGCUAUAUACGAAGCUUUAACGAUGGGUGAGGACCGUCGUAAGGAAAUGCAUGAUUACUGUUUCAAAUACAUUCAUAAUCACAGCGCUCAACGUUGGGCCGAGACUUUCAUCGCAACUCUCAAGAGUGCUUGUUCAGACCGGAUAGACGUUUCUGCUUCGGUUUCCCCUCUUGUGCCUUUCAAUAAGUUACGCACUUCUAUUGAGUGUAGCACCAAACGAUUAUUGGUGUUUGAUUUGAUGGACUGUCUUGUGCCCUCGAAAACGAGACGGGGAGUACCGGCAAAGUUGUAUCAAUCCCUGAUGUCGGUGCCAAAGGAUCUCAUGGCAAGCCUUCAACGUUUGGCUAAUGAUGAGAAUACUAUAAUGGUCGUGACCACGAGCCACUCUAAGCAAAUUGUGGAGAGACUUCUCGGACACCUACCGAUAUACCUUCUACCUGAGAACGGUUGCAUCUAUAGAAAUCCGGAAGGUGUGUGGAAGUACGCUGAUGCGCUAGCAUGCGGUUGCAUCACUGAAGAUAACUCAUUGGCUGAGGUUGAAUCGACCGUAGGCAUCAGUUCUCCUCAAUCACGUUCUGCUUGGUCGAGAGCCGACACGUCGGACGGUGGGUGGAUGAACGGCGCUGAGGAAGUGCUACGAUACUUCCAAGAGAGGACUCCUGGUAGCUACAUCGACCGCACUGAGUUCAGUCUGAAGUGGUUCUUCGACAAUACGCAAACCGACUUUGGAGCGCCUCAAACUCGAGACCUCAUGAUACAGCUCUGGGCUGGCCCCCUGGCUAAUGCUGAUGCGGAGAUCGUCGUGGGAAACAGGUAUAUCGAGAUUCGACCCAAAGAUUCUUCACUUGCAUCCAAUCUCGACAAGAUACUACAUUAUGAGAUACUCGAGGCUGACCCAGCUUCUGAUUCUAAGGUUGAUACUUGCGUCGUUAUCGGCGCAUAUCCUUUCCGUGAUGAAGAUGUUUACCAAGUAGUGGAAGAUACACUCGUUCGACAAUGGCUACCCAAAUACACCCGACACCAACAUGGUUGUCCAACACGGAGCGUCUCAUCAUCGUCGAGGCAAUCGAGUUCUGACUGCAUUAUGGACAUCAUGGGCUGUGACGCUCUCAGAGCUUUAGGAAAUUCCCAACAGCUUAAACCUAUGCAUGAUGACGGUAAAGACUCCUUAGAAUGCGAAAGCGAGGCUACUGCUACGAAUGACUACGCAGUAGUGGCUGAAUCCCCGACUACAACAGGCUCUAGUCGGAAAAUGCAUCGUGAACAGCAGCUUGAUUCGGGAGCUCUCACAGCUGUAAAUGCCUCGGGUGAGGCCACGAGUGCAUCAACUGUAUCGUGUUUGGACGAAUCGUCAACGACAGAGUCGAUGAAAGAGACACUCCGACAACUACACGAUGCCUGUUAUUCGAUAGCAGUGGGUCAGUGUAAGGUGUCUAAGGCCAAAUACUCCAUCCCAAAUACCUAUUAUGUGGCAAAUCUAGUCCAUGAUAUUGCGACGCACUUACCGCAGUCGCCACUAGCAGGUGUGACCACCAGCAACGACUCUGUUGUCGCUGUUGAACACCAACAUUCUAUUACGACCCCUUGAGCGUAUACCCUCAUGAGAGCUCUGAUUGACACUGUGUUGUAUAAACUAUAUUACUAUUGUUCUUGUUGUUGGCUUGCUAUGCUCGCUAGUGUUCUUCUACUUCUCAUCAUUACUUUCUCAUCUCGAUCAUCAUAAACUAUGUU